UAUUCGCCUCUGCUGAAGAAACUCUACUGUCAGAUUGCAAAGACAUGUCCAAUCCAGAUUAAGGUCUCCACGCCGCCACCUCCUGGGACGGUCAUCCGAGCCAUGCCAGUAUACAAGAAGGCCGAACACGUCACGGAAGUGGUCAAGCGGUGCCCGAAUCAUGAACUUGGACGCGAUUUCAACGACGGCCUCUCGGCACCCGCCAGCCAUUUAAUCCGCGUAGAAGGCAACAAUCUCUCCCAGUAUGUCGAUGACCCCGUGACGGGAAGGCAGAGCGUCAUGGUCCCUUACGAGUCCCCCCAGGUGAUGUGCCGGGCCUGCAAAUUUAUGGGAUGCUUUGCUUUGCUCUUUGUCCCCCUGUUGGGCUACCAAAG